CACAAAAACACGUGUUUUCAUAGGAGGACAUUGCAUUUAUGUAUUUAUUUCCUGGAGACUGUAUCCCAACCUUAAAACCAAAACUGCGAUAUGACUAAUCCCAACCUUAACAUUAACCUUAACCAAUCCCCAUGUGACUGUGUAAACAAAUUUAUAUCCCUACUAUGUGAGUAAUACAACUGGGGCUACAACUGGUGAUUAUUUUCAAUGAAUCAAUUAUAGUUUGGGCUAUUAAGAGUCAGAAAAUAUUUUUAAAAUGCAAUUUUCCAGAGUACAAGGUGACACCUUCAGCACGUUGUUUUGUCCCGCCAGCAAUCCAAAACCCAAAGAUGCUCAAUUUAUAAUGGUAAAAAACAGAGAAAAGCAACAAAUCUUCACAUUGGAGAAGCUGGGACCAGAGAGUGUUUGCUUGAAAAAUAAAGAUAGUUGCAUCAUAGUGAUUAAUCAAUAAUCAAAAUUAUUAUAAAAGCAAUGAAACGAUUAGUGAAUUGACAGAAAAUUAAUUGGUGAUUAUUUUAAUAAUCAAUCAAUCAUUUUUCAAGGAAAAACAUGCCAACAUUCAUUGGUUCCAUUCUCAGUUGUGAGAAUGUGCUGCUUUUCUUUGUUUUAUAUGAUAGUAAACUUUAGGAAAAUGUGACAGGCACUUUACACUAUUUUCUGACACUUUAUAGACUCUAUAGACUCACACACAAAGAUAAAUCUCUUGCCCUGUAGGCCUAUACUGCCAAACACAUUGACUUGGUGGGUUCCAUCUACUAUUAAGUAUUAUUGAUUGAUUGUCUGGCUUGAUGAAUAAUGAUGAUAAUAACAACAAUAGUCCUGUCUUCUACAAAAUGCCUGUGGCCUGCACUGCAUUAGCCUAUUUGGCAGAAGUGUGACAUUAAUUUGUCCUUGUGGCAAAUGUUUGUGGCUUGGUUUGUGCAGGAAGAGGCACUGACGUUAAAACUCUGUGUAGACCCCCCCCCUCCUCCCUCCCUCUCUGUCCAUAUACACUCCGCUAUAUUCAGCUCACUGCCUCCAGUCGCGGUUGACGGGCGUGCGGUUGCCAGUAGAGACGCGCGUACAGUACAGUGUUGAGCUUUAACGGCAGAGCGGCACGGGCUCUCCCCCGCCAUUUCCUCGUGUCGAGCCCUGGAAUGUCGAGUAGCGGCUCGGGCUCUUCCUCGCGGAAGGAGUUCGAUGUGAAGCAGAUUCUCAGGAUCCGAUGGAGGUGGUUCGGUCACCCCGCGGUCCCCCCGCCUCACUCCCCGCUGCUAGGAGACUACUUCGCCGGGAGGAGAACGGGCGGCAGCUCCGGAGACGGACCUUCAGUUAGCGGCUGUAGCAACCCGAAUUCAGCCAGCGUAAACCCCAGCGCGGGGAGUCACAGCGGGCUGGUGGCCAGUGGCAGCGCCGGGUCUAACCUGUGUAACGGCAGCAACAGAAAGUUUGCUGAUCCGGCGGGGAGUCGGGGCAGUCCGGGGGGAGCGGCAGCUGGAGCAACGGGGAGCUCCUGUCCCCGCUCCUUCAGCCAGCCAGAGUGCAGGAGCUCCGCCGCGGCGCUGUCCUGGGUCUCCCCGCCUCCUCAUCGUCGUUCCCGCCCGGUGACGAGCAUGGAGCCCCCCGGCGAGGCUCCGGUGCCCCAGCUGGUACCCGAGCCCUCUGCUCUUGCCGGGGUUGAGGAGGAGGCGGCGGCGGCGUCGGGCACCGAGGAGAACAACAACCACCCGGAAACUGACUCCAGCUCCUGCAGGACGUCUAACAGCAGCGCCACACUGUCCUCAUGCGUGUCGAUGGAGCCAUGUGCAUGUCCAGAAGAGUGUAUGUUCACCGCUCUGUCUCACGCCGACGUCACCUUCCGCAAGAUGGAGGGCUACCUGAGGUCCCGACAGCUGUGUGAUGUCAUACUGGUGGCUGGAGACCGGCGGAUACCUGCACACAGACUGGUCCUCUCAUCCGUGUCGGACUACUUUGCGGCCAUGUUUACCAGUGAUGUUAGGGAGGCCAAGCAAGACGAGGUGAAGAUGGAAGGAGUAGACCCUGAUGCAUUGUGGGUCCUGGUGCAGUAUGCAUACACAGGCCGACUUGAGUUGAGGGAGGACACCAUCGAGUCUCUGCUGUCAGCCUCUUGCCUGCUACAGUUAACGUCUGUGGUUCAGGCCUGCUGUUCGUUCCUCAUGAAGCAGCUCCACCCCUCCAACUGUCUGGGUAUCCGCUCCUACGCUGACGCUCAGGGCUGCAAUGACCUGCAGAGGGCCGCUCACGCCUACACCAUGGAGCACUUUUUAGAGGUGGUGGGAGGUCAGGAGUUCCUGUUGCUCCCAGUGGAGGAGAUAGAGAGGCUGCUCACGUCUGAUGAUGUCAACGUGCCAGACGAAGAAACUGUAGUAACCUCUUUGCUAACGUGGGUCAGUCAUGAUGCCGUCACACGGGAACGUCACCUACCCUUGCUGCUGGCUCACAUCCGACUGCCACUGCUGCAGCCACAGUUCUUGGCAGACCUGGAGUCCAACCCUCUGUUCCGGGACAGUAUGGAGUGCCAGCGGCUGCUGAUGGAGGGGAUGAAGUAUCACCUCUUGCCCCAACGCCGGCCCCUGCUUCAGAGUCCCCGCACCCGGCCCCGCAAGGCCACCGUUGGGGCCAUGUUCGCCGUAGGGGGCAUGGAUGCUACGAAAGGUGCUACCAGUAUCGAGCAGUACUGUCUGCGUCGGGACACAUGGAGGCAGGUAGCCACCAUGAGUGGACGGAGACUACAGUUUGGUGUAGCUGUCCUAGACGGCCGUCUCUAUGUGGUGGGCGGCCGAGAUGGACUCAAGACCCUCAACACUGUGGAGUGUUACAAUCCGCACAGCAAGUCCUGGAGCGUCAUGCCUCCCAUGUCCACACACAGGCAUGGCUUAGGUGUAGCUGUCCUAGAGGGGCCCAUGUAUGCCGUAGGAGGACAUGAUGGCUGGAGCUACCUCAGUACAGUGGAGAGGUGGGACCCCCAAGCUCGCCAGUGGAGCUUUGUUGCGAGUAUGGCUACACCCAGAAGCACAGUGGGAGUAGCUGUACUCAAUGGCAAGUUGUAUGCAGUAGGAGGUCGUGACGGCUCAUCCUGCCUGCGCUCAGUGGAGUGUUUCGACCCCCACACCAACAGGUGGAAUGGUUGUGCUCCGAUGGCUAAAAGGCGUGGAGGUGUGGGUGUGGCCACUUGGCAUGGCUUCCUGUACGCCAUCGGAGGUCAUGAUGCUCCAGCCUCAUCCCUUGCAUCUCGACUAAGUGACUGUGUGGAGAGGUAUGACCCUCAGACAGAUGUGUGGACGGCAGUUGCCCCCAUGAGCAUCAGCAGAGAUGCCGUAGGUGUUUGUCUCCUUGGUGACCACCUCUAUGCUGUGGGCGGUUAUGACGGGCAGGUGUAUCUCAAUACUGUAGAAGCUUACGACCCUCAGACAAAUGAGUGGACACAGGUAGCACCUCUGUGUGUGGGCAGGGCAGGAGCAUGUGUGGUGGCCGUCAGACUGUGAAAACACAAACACCAACAUUCAAUGGCGGACUGUGCAUGAUGUGGCUCACAGACCCUCUUCUUUGUCACCGCUGACGUGGUCACUGAAUUUACACCAAGAAACACAUCUGCCUGCCAGCAUGUGACCAACACGGGGAAGAGACAGACUGAUUACAGAAUACACUUCAGGUUUUACACUUCGGCAAAGUCAAAUUUUACUCUCCUUAACCACUGCCUAUCAUUGAUUUUAAUGUUUAGGGUUGAUUUCUAUUAAAGUUUUCAUAUUUCAACAUCCUAAUAACUUCUGCCACAGAAGUGAACCGACACCCAUGACGAGGACGAAACUGCAGCGUUUAUAUGAGCAUGACAGAACGGUUGUCUAACAGCUUUUUUUUUUCUUGCCUAAUAUUUUGUUCCUGUAGACAAGGUGGGACUCACACACACACACACACACACAUAAACCUGCUUUCAGCCCCAAUUUCUGCUGACAGAAAGGUGAGAGACAGAGAGAUUGUCAAGACUGUUGAGAUGCCUCAGCAUUUUACGCUCUCGGUUUUCCUAACAAUAUCUGAUGGUGUGUAUUGAUACUAUUUUAAUACUGUAUAUUCACUAUUAUUUUAUGCUGCAGUUGGCAAGUGCCCUCCUCCUCUUUCUUUCCCUUUCUUGCCCGCUGACAGAUGAAAAAAAGACUUUUGACAUAAUCAGCACAACCUUAUGAACAGCCAUACUGUAAGAAACUGUGACGCUCUUUAUUCUUUUCAGUCAAAAACAUAUCACACUUUAUCUAAUAGUUCUGUGUAUGUCUUCCAUGUUGCACACAGUGUACUGGGAUAUGCAAUUUAUUGUAGCCUUUUUACAAGCUAUACUGGCAAAUUAUCCAACUUUGUGCUUUUUCUUUUGUUGUUUUAACCUUGUAAUUCUGCCAUUGUUCACAUAAUUGAGGUCUAUGAAGCACUGUUAUUGGGUUUACAGCCUGAGUAAUAAUAAGAGUAACUGUGGCCCUUUGUUGAUCCCUGUAGGGAAAUUUUUAUUUUCAAUUUCCCACAGAGCACAGGGUCAGCUAUUUACAGGCUUGGUUUUAUACAGGGUCAGUUGAGCUUUUCUGUCCUACCUUCUUUGUCUCCACUGUAGAUGUUUGUGUGUGUGUGUUUGGGUGUUCGGGUGUUCAGAGAUUGCAAGGAGUAUAUUUUUAUCUCAAAUGAAAAUCUUCCCCCUUCCCCUCUCCACAUCUUCAAUUCCCUGCUGCUUUCUCUUCAUACCCAUUUUCCCAUUUCAUCACAACACAAUCACACACACAUACGCGCACCACUACGUUUUAGAGCAGAAUUGGAUACCCAGACAAAAUGAACAACAGACCAUAUAAUGAGACCAUGAAUUUAAUAACGUUGAUUCAGCCGGUGCAAUGCUUUGUUUGAUGUCGAGUUCAAAGCGUUAUUAGAUUUGAUGCUGCUGCAGACAAAGUAUCAGACAUUAGUGGAAAAUGAAGCCUGUGAAACAACCUUAUUUGUGGGCUUGUUUGAGUGAACUUUUACUGUACAUGACAAGAAACCUCAAGAAUACAAAGAUGCUGACUGCAGGUUCAGUACUGACACAUGCCACAGUCAUUUUAUGCUGCACACUUAAUUGUGCAUUUCCCCUGUGUGUGUGUGUGUGUGUGUGUGUGUGUGUGUGUGUGUGUGUGUGUGUGUGUGUGUGUGUGUGUGUGUGUGUGUGUGUGUACGCAGAAAGCAAACUCUUGACAGUGAGAGGCAAAGCAGGCAUCCUGUCUGAACUGACAGAUCUAGAGCUAAUCUAGCCCCCAGGAUGCACUUCACAAACACACAUAUACACACACACACACUUAAUCACACAGCUGAAAGCCAAGUGCUCCAGGAGCCAGAGAAGAUUGAAAAGCCUCCCAUAUUUGCCGGCAUGACAUCGAAAAAGCAGAGAUGGGUAGCUGAGCUGAUGUUUAUUCAAGCUUAGUGCACUGCCGCAUUGUUGUAUUUUCCUCCCCUUCAAACCUGUGUGCAGUUUAUUUAGAGAGGAAUUCUCUUUAGAUCAGAGAAGGGUGUCACCUCCACUGUGUAGAUGUAGUCAGAGAGUUUGAUUUCAGUCAGAGGUUAAAAAUAAAGACAUUCCAAAUCAAUCUAUAUAAUUAGUGUAUAUUAUGUACAUAAAUAAAUAUAAAAUCUGUAUGUAGUCUUAUUGCAUUAUGUUGUAUAUUAUACAGUGCACACUAAAUAUACCAUGUGUUAUUGUGUGUUUCUUUUUGUACCAUGAAUUGAGAUGAAGAAGUAAUAAAAUGACGCUUGGUGAGAAAUGGUACAGCUGCUCAUCUCCUCUUUUUGUACUGAAUAUUACACCUCCUCUUUUCCAAUAUAAAUUAUGUAUGUACGAUAUAUAUGCUGCUGUAAUAUGCUGUUAUUGGACUUUUAUACAUUAAAGUCAAGAUGUGAUUUAA